AUGGAACCGGAUAAUCAGAUGUGGGUGAGUGAAUUCAUUCUCCUGGGCCUAUCCAGCGACUGGGAUGUUCAAGUCUCACUCUUUGUGCUCUUCUCGGUCAUGUACUUGGUGACAGUGCUGGGAAACUUCCUCAUUGUUCUUCUCAUCAGGCUGGACAGCAGACUCCACACCCCCAUGUACUUCUUCCUCACCAACCUCUCCCUGGUGGAUGUGUGCUUUACGAAUAGCAUAGUCCCCCAGCUGCUAGCACAUCUCCUCAUAGAGCAAAAAGCAAUGCCCUUCCUGAGCUGUGCGGCUCAGCUGUUUUCCUCCCUAUCUUUGGGUGGGCUUGAGUUUGUUCUCCUGGAGGUGAUGGCCUAUGACCGCUACGUGGCCGUGUGCAAUCCCCUGAGGUACUCUGCCAUCAUGCAUGCAGGACUGUGCAGUAAGCUGGCCGUCACAUCCUGGGUCAGUGGCUCCACCAACUCCCUCAUGCAGACUGCCAUCACUUUUCAACUUCCCAUGUGCACAAACAAGAUUAUUGAUCAUAUAUCCUGUGAACUCCUAGCUGUGGUCAGGCUGGCCUGUGUGGACACUUCCUCCAAUGAAGUGGCCAUCACGGUUUCUAGCAUCGUCCUGCUGCUGACCCCCUUCUUCCUGGUUCUCUUGUCCUACAUCCGGAUCAUCUCCACCAUCCUAAAGAUCCAGUCCCGAGAGGGGAGGAGGAAAGCCUUCCACACCUGUGCCUCGCACCUCACCGUGGUGAUGCUGUUGCCAGAACUCAAGUGGAAAUUAAAUUUGGAUGACCCGUGGGCCUUUGCAAAGCAGAGAAAGCAGCAGACUCUGGCUCUCAGCCAUGUCUUGCACGUCCUUCACUCUUACGUUUUGUGA